AUAAUGGCAUGCCUGUUGUUCUAGUUGAACGAAGCACGGAUCCUUUUUGUAUUUUUUAUGUUAAACAUACGAGAUAUUAUAAUAAUACAGCUAAAACAUAUUUGAACCACAAAACUCCAUAGCUUGACUGCAACGGGGCUUUUAUUUUGAAAUGUGUCGGCAGGUUGUUUUUGAGUGUCUUAUUGACGGUAUCUUCACAGAGACUACUGAAGCAGUGAGGAAAGAGAAGAGAAUUGCUACCACCGUCUGUAGUUAUUUAUUUCCCUAUAUUUUCUGAAUGACGACAACGCAUCUCUGACAAGGACCCUCGAAGGGACUACCCACCAUGUCGACUGAGGAGGAGAGGGGGGUAGUUCGCGUCAAAGUCAAGCAUCUAAAGAAGAACGAGAUGUAAAACAAACAUGUGUGAUGCUGAGCUUAUCAAGUGUGAAGGGGUUUUGCCGGUGGAGUUCCGCUCCUUUGCUGUGGAUCCUCAAAUAACAUCGCUGGAGGUGUUGCAGCAUAUACUGAUACGAGCCUUUGAGCUGAAUGGGAAACGCAACUUUGGGAUUAGCUACCUGUCCCAUGACCGGGGAGGUGUGGAAGUGUAUGUGUCUCUGCUGUCUGACUGGGAUUUAGAUGCUGCAUUCGUCAGUGCGGCAAAGCCUUUCCUCCAGCUUAAGAUGGACAUCAAACCAUCAGAGGACAGUCCAGUAUUGGAGGACUGGGACAUUAUCAGCCCUAAGGAUGUGAUUGGCUCAGACCAGCUGCAGGGAGAGAAGAGGUCCCUAGCAUCUACUGCGCUUCCCUUCACCCAGUCACUUCUGUCACAGGUGGGCCGCACCCUGUCGCGGGUACAGCAGGCUUUGAGUUGGUCCUAUGGGGAAGAGGUAAAACCGUUCAAGCCUCCCUUAAGUGAUACUGAAUUCCAUAACUACUUGAACAGCCAAGGUCAACUGACCCGACCGGAAGAACUUAGGCUUCGUAUAUACCACGGAGGGGUCGAGCCAUCUUUACGCAAGGUUGUAUGGCGCUAUCUUCUUAACGUGUACCCAGAUGGUCUGACAGGACAGGAGAGAAUGGACUACAUGAAGAGGAAGACAAGAGAGUACGACCAGCUAAAGAGCGAGUGGAGUUCACGAGUUAGCCAAGAAGAUCUGGAGUUCAUCCGGGGAAACGUUCUCAAAGAUGUUCUUAGAACGGACCGAGCACAUCCAUACUACGCAGGUUCAGAAGACAGCCCUCAUCUCACCGCCUUGACUGAUCUCCUCACCACCUUCGCUAUUACGCACCCACAGGUGUCUUAUUGCCAAGGUAUGAGUGAUAUCGCCUCGCCAAUCCUCGCCGUCAUGGACAACGAGGCUCACGCUUUCAUUUGUUUUUGUGGCAUUAUGAAACGCCUUGAGGGCAAUUUCCGCCCUGAUGGUCAGCUUAUGUCCAUUAAGUUCCAGCAUCUCAAACUGCUUCUUCAGUAUUCAGAUCCGGAGUUUUAUGCCUACCUAGUCUCUAAAGGUGCAGAUGAUCUGUUUUUCUGCUACCGCUGGCUGCUUCUAGAACUGAAGCGUGAGUUUGCUUUCGAUGAUGCUUUGCGAAUGCUGGAGGUCACUUGGAGCUCUUUGCCACCUGACCCACCAGAGACAGAGGUGGAGCUUCUGGGGCCAUCAGUCGAGGCGGAUCAGUCCACCAGUCCACGGGAAUUCCAUCAGAACAUGGAAAUGGAGGAGAUGGAAGAGGAUCAGACGGAAAGGCAGAGACGACGCCACAUGCUAAGACCAUUUAGAGAGGAGGCGGAUGGGGGCCGUAAACCUGUUGUAAAGGAGGAGAAGGGAUCGCAAAGGGAAGGUGAGGAAGAAAAUGGUACGGUCAAGAAGAAUGAUGUCACUCCAGCUCCACCAUUUGAAAAACAGGCCAGUUUUGGAGAGUUUAAAUACUAUAGCGGUCGCAGCGGGGACAGUUUUGAAAUGAAUGAGAAUGAUUGCUCUGAUCCAACAUUAUCUCCAGUGCAGUUUAAGUCAGUACACUCCACACUGCCGUUCUCCAUCCGGCAGUCCACAGAGGAAAGCGAGGAGGAUGUUGGAGAACAAGAACCUCUUAUCAGUGGUACUUGCACACCUUCAUCUCCAGGCCAGAGGGACUCUCCCAAUGGCCAGGCAGCUUCCCCAGCAUCCGGUCUGCCAAACUGUAGAAGUAGCUCCUCCAAUCAAUCACUGGAAGCGUCUUAUUCUCCAUCCAGCUGGAGAACGGCCUCUCCCGAUGCCAUGUCGAAAUGCACAUCCUCUUCAUCUAGUGAAGACAAAGCAGUGUCUCCCGAUAAAGCACCUGGAGGAUUUGCGUCCUUACAAGCUGAGGCUCAAUCUCCAUCAGUGAUCCCAGGGAAAUCAUCACUGGCAUCUCCAUCGCAGGGUUACAGCCGUUCGCUUCUUUCUUCCCCAGUUUUAUCCUUCGGCAAGCCCAAACCGUUCUCCAGCAAUCUCCCUUCCCCUUGCAAACCCAGUGGAUCUGGCACCAGCUCUCCGAACACAACAAAAUCAGAGGGGGGCGGAGCCAAACCUUGCUCACUUCCCCCUCCGCAAGAGUUUGGGAAAGGGAAUCCCUUUAUGCUGUUCCUUUGUCUGUCCAUUCUGCUGGAGCACCGUGACCACAUUGUUAAAAACAGCCUGGAUUAUAAUGAGCUGGCCAUGCACUUUGACCGCUUGGUCCGUCGCCACAACCUCGGGCGUGUUCUGCAGCGAGCUAAAGCCCUUUUUGCAGAUUAUCUGCAGAGUGAGGUGUGGGACUCUGAGGAAGGAGAUGAAGUCAGUUUGGACUCCCCAGCGACAGCUGCGGCAUCCCCCCAAACGCCCACCACCAGACCCCCUUUUCUCAAUGUACAGCCCUCUCAGGGUUCCUGCUCAAAUUCAACAUAUAAUCUGGCUAAUACCAUUCCCUCCCCAACUGUUCCCAUUGCUUGUUCUCCAUCAGCUUCCUGAUUCCUUGCAGUAUUUCUUCUUUAGCAACCAGCCCCAAAAAACAAAUAGACACAGAGUCAUUACAGAAACAAGUUUGACAGUACUUCACACAAUAUGUUUGUGCUCUACACAUGCUUUAUGAUGAGACUUGUUUUAUGGUUAAAACCAAAGCUCGGUGACUUUUUCAUUUCCCUCACGUCAAGCCCUCAUCCUUGUACUGUACUUUUUUAUUGCACUUUAUUGUUUGUCCUUUGAAAGGACAGGCUUCUUUGAGUUUCAUUUCACUUUGUAUAUACUGUAACACUUUUGAAAUGAUAACUUUAGAAACGCACAUUAUGAACAUGUAAAACCCCUUUGUAUUAGCCUCAAUUAUUAAAAUUUGUUAAACUUCUUGCCAGCAUCACAUGUGGUUUUGGUAUAUUAAUAACUGUCCAUUGUGCUUUUAAAACCUUAAGCCUUGACUUUUGUUUGUACAGAACAUUUGAACAGGAUAUCUGGGAUUCAGUACGGGAUGAAGGUGCUGACACGUUAUUUAGUGUCUUGUGAAUGUGAAACUUGAAUAGAACAGAUAACAUUCAAUCUUAUAUUCAUCAAAUUAAUAAUUGAAUUUCUGAUAAAGCUGAAGUCUAUAGUGUAGAGCAGCGUUUACAUGUAAGCUGUAGAAUAAGUUGCCGUGGAUCCUAAAGAUAUUGUUAUUAGUGGGUGUUCUUUACCAAAUAUUUUCCCACAGUCAGAAAUGUUGGCAUUAAUGCACAAGUGCUUUGUCGCUGUUGAAAUGAAUGGCUGUUUGUUUGCUUUCACUUAUUCUUGCCUUUGUGGGAAAAGUGCCUCAUUUCAGUAUUUUUUCCUUUUCUUAUACUAUCGGUCUACAUUAUUUCUCUCGCUCUUUUCUAUGUGUGUAUAUUUAUCAUUUCAUUACGUUAUUGUGUCUUUCUAAAGCUUGUCUGUUCAUUUGUUGCCAUCACUACUGAUAAAGGAUCACUACUGAUAUAAAGCACCUUUAGUAGGAUGCUGUUCAACGAACAACCUGUACUUUCAUUCUUUACGUCUUAAUACCAAGUGUUCUUUUUCCUUUAUCUACUAAGUGCUAAAACGAUAAACCUGCACAUGGACAUAAAAAAGGAUUACCCUGAAAAGUGAAACAGUUACUGAUCCUGAUCAUCAAGAGUUACGUUCAAAACAUGUAUGUACAGUAUGAUGUGUUAUUCUGAUUUGGCUUGAUUGUGUAUGAUAGUAUUCUUUAUUCAUAUCCUUAAAGAGAUAUGUUGGAUUGAAUGCUUGCAAUACUCCUGUUUGUAUAAUAAUAAAUUCACUGAAUAUUGAUA